CCUAACGGCGAGGAGCGCGGGCUGCAAAGAGAAACCGAGGCAAGGGCGCCCCCUAUGCCUGGGACCAGCGAGUGCAGCGGCGAGCGGCGAGCGGCGAGCGGCGAGCGGCGAGCUGCGUCCGCCCAUCCUGCGGAGCGUGCGCCGCCUCUGGUCCCCGCGCCAGCCCGCUAGCCUAGCCGCCCGCCCAGCCGUCCUGGCGGCGGGGGGGCCCGGGUGUCCACGGCAGGACUGCCCGGCGCACUGCCGGCGCCAGGAGCCAGGGGCUCCCCACACCUUCCGAGAUUCCUGUCGAGUGGCUUCGAGACCCAGCGCCAUCCCCCACCGCCUACACUUGCCCUCCUGUCCCAAGCAACUCGAAGCCACUGGGAGGCAGCCGCCCCCGCCCCUUGCCUCUGCGUCCCUUUUCCCUUCCCUCUCUCUAGCCUCCAGGGAAACAAAGGGGCUUUUUAUAAAGCGAAUUGGCGGCGGCGGCGACGGGGAUGGUGGGGGGGAAUCUAUAAAGACAACAAGAGGCGGGGUGAGGGAUGAAGCUGAGCGGCCUCCGGGAGCCCCAAGCGACCGUGGCGGCCAGGAAGCCCCAGCGAGAGCGCGGUCGACCCCCCUACCCUAGUCCGUGAUCACUCAGGUGGGGGCCCGCACCCGCGGAAUGCUAGGCUGCCUCGUUGACAUGCUGCUUGCCGGCUCGCCGAAGCCUGGGAACCGGAUCGCCCCGGCCGCGGGACCCAGGCUGGGCGGCGUGAGGCCCGCGGGUUCUCCCCUGGGAGACCCGGGCCCUCUGCUCUUCCCAGCUAACUCUUUCGAAAUUGCUCAGGCUUGGGGAGAGUUUGCGUCUUUGUUCCAGCGAGGCAGCCUCUCGUACACCCAGCUCGCUCGCCCUCACAAAGUACCGGAGCUGGCCUUGGUCGGCUACCUGCAAAUGGCACGUUCGCCGUGGGGACGGCGCCCGGGGGGGGAUUCCUUCUGCUGCCGAACAACGACAAGCCACCCCAGCAAGUAAAGUCGCUUCUCUCCACGUCCCUGAGCCAUCCUGUGCUCCCGCCCGCGUACACACUCACACCUACAAUCGGGGUGCCCCAAACGGCCGCACCCGGCUGCAGGGGCACGACGGGGCGAAACCCCGGCCCGAAGUGCGUCUGUUUGCUCAGGUUCCGACGACUUCAGGGCAGUUUUCUGCAAUAUAAUCCUAUUAGUGUCUGCUCAGUCCGCAUUUAAUUAUGGAUCAAAAUCAGACGGUACAGCCAGCUCUCCAAGAGGCUUCCGACACGCUGCCUCGGGACGGAGCCUGGCCGAGCCAACUGGCCGUGAAAAGUAUUUGGCGGCGCUCCGGGGGGCUUCCCGCCCGCCCUUGUUGGCCCUGGGUUGUGCCGCUGCUCCGAGGCCUGGGAGCUCGGGUCGCGGGGGCGCCGGGAGCUCCGGGCAGGAGCCCAGUCGGGGCUGCCUCCGGCCGCCAGCUCUGCUCGGGGCUGCUCUCCAGAGGAGAAUUUGGCAGGGAAGGGAGCGAGAGGCGGCGGGCUCGGCGGGCGCACACUCCACACUCCCGUUCGGUGGCGGCAAACUGGCUACGGGUGGGGGUGGGGGGUGAAUCCUGCGCCCAGCGCCCACUGUCGACUGGUCCAGGCUCUGGGAGCCAGGAUGCGAAGGCAGCGUCGCCAGUGGCAUCCGGGCAGCAAGCGGCUCCGGGUGCGCCGGGACCGAGCGGGAGCCUCCUGGUGGCCCAGCGCGGCCGGGGGAGCCCUCGUGGCCCGCGCCCCUCUGCCUUCCCUCCUCAGUGCUUGACUGCCCCUGCCCAAUUCCAGACACCCGGCGAGCAAUGGGGCAGGCACAGGCCACGGUUCUGGGCGAUGCGAGCUGCGCUCCGCUCGGCCCGGCCAGUUAGAGAAGCGGGCGACCACGCGCAGCGCCAGGUGGGCCGUGUGCUCGGAGCAAACUUCGGGGUCCCCCGGCCCUCAGUAACCCGGGGCCUGCGCUCCUCCGCGACGCAGGCCAAAAGUGGGGGCCACAAGUGCAGCUCGGCGCCCCCAGAGCAUUCGGACCUCCCGCGCCCGCCCUCAGCCUUACCGUGCUGCGGAGCUCCCGCGGCGGCGGUGGCGGGGGCAGUGCCCAACGGGCAGGCUGCCGCCAGUGCGGGCAACCUGGCCUCCGGCGCCUGCCGAGCGGCCCGGCUGGGUGGCAGAUCUCCCCCGGGUAGCGGCCGGUGCCCCCCGAGCCCGCCCGCCGCCAGCCGCUUCAGCUCGCGGCCAAGUUCAUGCCGGCGGCGCUGCAGCGGCGGCCUCAGUCUGCUCGCUCCAUUCCCACCGCCCGGCUCCGCGCCGCGCGCCCGGAAGGUGGAGUUUCGGGGGUUUAAGUUACUGAUAGGCAUUUCUCACUGCUGUGUCACUCGGGGAGGAGGAGACACGCACGCCGCACACUCACACACCCUCACACUCAAGGCGACGAGCGGCUCCGGCCUUAAAGGGGAAGCCGCGCUGCCCCGCCCGCGACCCCGCCGGACCCGGAGUCCUGAAACGCCAAGUUCCGGGCCCGCACCGGGCGGGGGGCAGCGGAAGGCGGCGACCGCCAGAGGGGCCUACCGGGCCGUCCGGCCACUCUUUGAAAAGGAAAGCGGCCGCAGGCUGGCCUCCCUGUGGUCGCCUCGCUUCUCCAGUCAACUCCAGCCAGGGCAGCUGGGCAGCAACGGGAGGCAAGGAAGGGGCACGGGGACACUCACCUCGGUGGCUCCGCACGCUGCAGGAGACGAUCGGUGCCUUAGGCGGCAGGUGGCUUGCCUAGACGGUGCGCCGCUGGCCAGAGGCGACAGCGGAGUGACCGAGCGUCCCCGGGCACAAGCGGAUGGAGCUGGCCGGAGGGCAGCAAGCGGGGCCCCGCGCGCGCGGCAGGAACACAGCUUCUUCGUGAACUGCCCGGCGGCGAGCCGGAGCGUGCCGCCCGCCCUCUACCCACCCGCUACCCUCCGGGCACCAAGGCCCGUGGCUCCCUUCCCCGUCUCCCCGGGGGCUGGCCCGCGCCCCCCAUCCGGAGUCCCCGUCUGGGCUGCGUCUCCUAACCUGAACUUCCCGAGUGGCGGCGGGGGCCGAGCCCAGCCCGUGGACGCCGCGUCUGGUCCGACAGCAGCAACGCCGAGUGCAGCCCCCGAGUGGCCUGCGGAGUCCCGCCUGCACCUCAGAGGAGCAACCUGUUAGCAGCACAUCUGGUCACGACUCGGCCGAGUUGCGGGCCGGGAAUAAAAGGGAGAGCCCGCCGCCCUUUCGGCCCCUCCUUCCCUCCACGCCCACGCCCUCGGUCCGAGGGAAGCGCCGAGCCCCCUCACAGAAGCGAACGAAGUCCUUUCGUGGGCUGCGUAGGUGUUCCCGAGCAGAGCGCUGGCCUCGGAGCGUUUCCCGAAGUUUCCUGACGGAGGAGCCACGCCCGGGCCCCCGCCGCGGGCGCAGGUGUUGGACUCCUGCUCCUCCGUCCCGGUCCUGGGGCGAGCGCGGCCCAAUGGGGGCGACGAAGGUGCGCGGCCCUGCCGGGCUGUUGGGAAGGAAUCCACCUUGGCCGGGCCCCGCUGGGGCUUCCCUGGAGAGGGCCAGCGGCCAGGAGAACGUAUUGCGCUCUGGUGAUCGAAACGGAUCGCAGUUCCUUACCUUCGGUCCCCACUAGGCCGCAGUUGGAGACCUGGGGCCCUGGCGGGUCGGAGUCCUGCGGGGACGGGGGUCAUCCUAGACUCACCGCGUCCCCGUAAAGCGAGAGCAAGUUUGCAUCUUGAAGGAAAUUGGAUUAAACAAAACGGAAG